UUAAAGCGAGUCACCAUCGAGCAAAUAUAAAAAAAGUGAGUCACACAGCAGAUAAGACCGUGUUUGGACAAAGUGCAGAAACAAGAAGAAAGAUGUCAAUGGGAAUGGGAGGAAGUGACAGCAACACAUGGGUAGCAAAGAAACCUCUUAAACGCCUUGGUGGGAUGUCUGAUGCGCUCUCUCUGGCUGCUGAUCUUGGCUUUUCUGUCAAUCCUCCUCCUUCCCAGGAUGAGUUACAGAAAUUAUCAACUGGUACUGACGAAAAAGCGGAUAACUUGGUAAGGGUUUUAAGAGAUCUUACUACUGUACAGAGAAAGAUAGCAGAUUUACAAGUGGAACUGCAAGGUCGAAAGGAAGACAAAAAUGUUGCUCAUCUGACACAUGUUAGUGCAAUGGAAAAGAAGAUCGAGACAUUAGCAAGGAUCACUGAUAUUUUAAAAGACGUUAUUCAGAACAAGGAUCGUAUCAUAGCUCGUCUUCAACAGCCAUAUUCUUUAGAUUGCAUUCCUGUGGAAGCAGAAUAUCAGAAACAAUUUUCAGAACUUCUGAUGAAGGCUGCGAGUGAUUAUGGAUCCUUGACAGAAUCUGUUGCAGAUUUUCAAUGGAGCCAAAAUUUCAAGGAACCUCCUUCAGUAUGGGGGGAAAUGCUUCGACCAAUUCCUGUGGCUUUAGCGUCAUGCACCCGGUUUUUCGAAGCCAUGUCUGCAAUGAGAGAAUCAUUUGCAACCCUUCAAGAUUUAAGAGUCGGUCAUUCUACUCAAUCUGGUUCUACGUUCACAACCCCAUCAAAGGAUCCAGCUCAGAGAAUUCCUGGAGUUUCUGAAGCCACUCAAUUGUUGGAGAAAUAAGUGUGUUCUCUAUCAAAUUGAUGGCACAAUAGAAAUCUGCAUUAAGCUUUAGGUAGGACCCGUUUCUGCCUUGUUAUUGUACACUUGCAAUUGGCCUAGCAGUCUGUUACAAUUCUGUCUAUAACCUUCUGUAAUUUUUGACAAAAGAACAAUCUGAAAAGCUGGUAACUUUUUGUAAUGAGAACCUAAACGGCUGUUAUACAUUGAUACUAUGUUUAUCUGGAAAGUUUGUAUUGCACUUAAUAUUUUA